AGUUAAUUAAACGUCGUAUUUGUAUGAAUAAAGUGCUAAAUUCCUGAAAAGUACAUAGAAGAAGCAAUGAAAAAUAUGGAAAACAAAAGUUUUAUACAUAAAUAAAAUGGAAAUCAUCAAACAAGGAUUUUUAAAUUUAAAUGGAAAAAAAGUCUUUACAAUCUUCUGUAUGCGAAAUGAGCCAUUAUUUGAGAUUUAUGCAAAAAAGAUACAUGCAUCACAUGCAAGCCAUUUGCAUGUUUUAGAGUUGAAAAGGACAAAGUAUGUUGGUCUGAGAAUUCCACGAAAUAUAUCCGAAUCAUCACAUGAGUUUAUUAUCGUAUUAGACAACGACGUCUUCUCAUUUAGCUGUAAACGUUGGGAUUUAAUGAAUGAUUGGGUGAAUUGCUUAAAGACAAAGUUACGUGAAUUAAAAGUGUUAUCACCAAAAGAGAAUAUUUAUACGAAAACGCCAGCAAUGAGACCAAUACUUCAAAUGACGAGAAAUCCCCGUGAUCCAUUGCCUGAAUGUCCUCCGAUUGAGUCUGAUGAACGAAUUCCAGGCUUAGAGGUGCAACAAUCAACGACAACAACAUCACAAAGUAGGACAGCAUCCAUAAUAUCAACAGAACCAGUUAGUGAAAAUGAAAAUACACAAAUCGAGUCAAUUACAUUUGAGUCAUUUACAGUUAGUAGUAAUAAUAUGAAUAUAAGUAUAAACAAUAAUAAUGAGGAUGACUCAGAACAGCAGGCAAUAAGCAUUCCAAUAUUUAAUUUUGCAACAUCUAACACAUCAUCUCAAAAUCUUAUCAAUUUACUAUCUAAUCCGCUGUGUCGCUAUACAUCCAACAAUUCUGACUUGCAAUUUGCAAAUAGCUUUGAUUAUGACGAAGAAGAAUUUGAUGAGGAUGAAGAGUAUGAUCAAAGUGAAAAAGAGCCAUUAAUCAAUGUCCUUCCAACGUCUCUAAAUAUUGAGUAUAAUCAUAAUUUGGCAGAAGACGUGACUAAUAUUAGUGAUAAUAAUAUUACCAUAAUUCCAAUCGAGUCAAAUGAGAUUAAUAAUGAAAUCAUAUCAAAAGUAGAUGAAUCAAAAGUAACAAAAAUCAAAAUUGCCGUCGAAUAUGAUCACUUGUGUAAGGCAUUAUCAUCACAUACAAUUAAUAGUAAUCAAAAUGGAUCUGAAGAAACUGUAGUAAUUAAUAAUAGUGUGAAUAUCAUAUCAAAUCAAUCAAUUCCCUCGACAUCGUCAUUUAUUAAGAAGCUUAAUAACAAUAUAAACAUAAUUGAAAAGGAAAGUGCAAAAUCUGUGCCCAACACACCGAAAAAAAUGCCAAUUGCAACGGCGGCAUCGACAUCAAACACUCCAAAGCAUGAGAAAAGGAAAUUAUCGUUGCGUGAACAGCAAGUUUUACAGUUAAGACAUGAGAUUAAUACAGAGAUUCGUUUUAAACUGCGCAAGAAGGAUUGCGUUGAUGCCAUAGCAUUUGCAUCGUAUAAUGGACAGCUUUGGAUAUCAGGUUUUAAGCCUAAUCCGCAGCUUUAUGUUUUUCAUAUUGGGGACCAAUUAUUAGCUAUUAAUAAUAUUGCCAAUAUUAAAUCACCAGCUGAUGCUCAAAAAUUUAUCAAAAUGUGUGCUGGACUUUUUGUGGAAGUGACAAUUAAGCGAUUGCCAUUAGCCGGUAUUUUUAUAGUAAAACGUGAUUUUGAGAAUCAAUGCUUAGGAUUAUUAAGAGAUGGUUCAUCAUUGCUUGACAUUGUUCCAAACUCUAUUGCAUCGCGUUCAGGCAUUCCAUCAAGACCAUACACAUCACAUGACGAUGACUCUAUCUUUUGGAUCAUAACCGAGAUUAACUUUCGUCCUUUGAGUCUUAUAUCUCACAAAAAAUAUGAUGAGACUGAAUUAUUGCUGAAUUCGGUGGGCUUAGAAACAAGCCUCUUACUUCAGCCCUCAGACUUUAUAGCGAAAAUUAAAAAGGAACUAAAGGCAAUGAAAAAUUAUCGUGAUUAUACUUUACAAUGAGAACUGCAUUUCAUAGGAAAUUUUUUUAUACAUAUAUAAAUAUUUUUUUUAACUUGUAAAAUUAGCUAUUAAGUUACUAUUGAUGACCAAUUAACACAAUUUUUUUCUAGCUAUUUUUACGGGAUGAAUUUUAACUGUAUAAUGCUUCAAAGUGUUUCAGAACCCUACAAAUGUUUGAAAAGUGAAUUGAGAACCAUACAACAGUUUUAAAGUGAAUUGAGAACCAUACAACAGUUUUAGAAGUGAAUUGAGAACCAUACAACAGUUUUAGAAGUGAAUUGAGAACCAUACAACAGUUUUAGAAGUGAACUGAGAACCACAAAACAGUGUUAAUACUUUAAAAACCAUACAAAUGUUUCCAAAAUAGAGUAAAAUUAUAGAAUAGAUCUAAUAAUAAAAUAGGGACAAUACAAAUGAUUUAAAGUGCAAAAGAAUAAAAACCACUCAAAUAUUUCUCAAUAGUAGCUCCACAACAGUCUUAAAACAUAAUAAUUUGUACGGUUCUGAAACAAAAUGAGCACAUUCCAGUCAAGUUCAAUUCCACAGCUGAUGAUAUUUUCUACUGUGCGUUUUUCUCACUACUGUAUUGAUAAACAAUCGUACUCUGAUCUGAAAUGUAUUAUUCCAUAUUAAGUAAGUGUAAAUGACUAAUAAAGAAUUGACUUUUAU